AUGGAGAAACCAAACAACGUCAACGCAAUAUCUGGACUGUCGGAUGGAGAGGGUAAUGAAGCACCACCUAGCUAUAAUGUCGGAAAUGGUGGUAUAUUCCCUGACCAAGCUCCAACAUCGUCAAAUGAAGAGUUAAAUACCAUUUUCGAUCAUCUUCUGAAUUUUACUCCCAAACCCGUUGAAAUAUCAUCUUGGGAUUCAAACAUAACGCCCGAUACUUGCUUGGUACAUCUCAAGCUACUUGCUGCCUUACAAAGUUUAAAGGAGGACGUGGGCUACACAGAUGGCAUUUGGGGUCUCUUCGAUGACCGCGUUCUCAUACAGAAGGAUACGAAGCCCGAAGCUGCUGAAAACGGGCAGAAGCUUGAAGAAGAGACCGUGAAGCGUUUGGCUAGACUCCGAGAGAAGCGAUGGGCGCUUUUUGUAGCGAGGGCGGUGGACCGAUACGAAACCUGGUGGACUAAACUGUCUAAGAAACAUCUAACAGAGAAAAAUAUGCAAGGCAACUACCGAGAAGAAUCCGCCACUGCAAUAUAUGGUACAUUUACGUCCAGAGGGAUACCCCUCCAAUGGGCCGAACAUAUACUUCCGCCUUUAGACAUCUUAAUGGUCUGGCAUGCUCACAUGCUUAACCCAAGAGCAUAUCUUGAGGAUUCUAUACUAUACUGCCUGAAUGGUCUAUGGACGGCCGGCAUGCCAUGGCAGCUCAUUGACAAUGCAAUCGAUGACAGCUUCAACUAUAACGUUUCGCCCGAAUGCAAGCAAGCAUGGGAACAUCUUAUAGGCCGGAAAUGGGACAAUGUUGAUGACCCAAUGGUCAAAGUACUCAAAUGUCCUAGCUGCUCCAAGGCCCUUAAGAUACCGUGGACAACGUGCGAACUACCCGAAGAAUUUACCGGCGAAGACCCUGGUCUUCUUGGAGAGGGUUAUGGAGAUGGAAAUUUUAAACACACGUGCACCAAAUGCGGAAGAACCAUCACGAGAGAGUUUCUCGAGGCAGCCAAAUUUGUUAAAGACUCACAGAGGCUUCUCUCCCAUGGCCGCCCAAUGCCUGGUACGAUAUUAGAAAACGAAACGGGACUACCGCGAGAGGUUCGUGACGCUCGCCAGCAAGAGCGAACAUUCCCAAACAGAAUUAUCAGAUUCCGUCUUCGCAGCGAGCUACUGCUAUUAAUUGACCCUCGUAGAAAACCAGCACCAACGAUGAGCGAUGUCCGCGUCCUCAUUGAGCGCACAUUAAGCAACAACAGCGCUGUUAAGCAAAUAGAGGGUGUUACAGGGCGUGACUUAGCCAAACGCUAUCGUCUCGGCAUAGGUGCCAAAGCACACACCCGAAAAGUGAUGUCGCGGUACUGCGGGAACUCUUCCCUGUUCGCUCUUGAUCUUUGCGGCGCCGUUCUUCGCCAGAGCAUAUUUGUAGAAAAGAUGAACAAGAUUGACUGGCUCCACAGCCCAACGGCUCGGGAUACGAUGUCACGACUACUGAGGAAAUACAAACGCUUCGUAGAUAUCAUGGCCCGCAAUCCUUUGAAAACAGUGGUCCCGACCCUCGACGUCGACUUGGCAUGGCACACACAUCAGCUCAGCCCUUUUAUGUAUACCAGGUCUAUGUAUAUAAAGACCCGCCGUCUGAUUGAUCACGACGACAAGAUUGACGAAGACAAGCUAUCUACGGCUUUCGAGUGGACAAGCAAGGUGUAUCAGGAAACCUACGGCGAGGUUUACUCGGAGUGUACGUGCUGGUACUGCGAGUCGAUCCGCGCUUCUCAUGUGUCCUCCCUCGGAAGUAAGCUACACAUAUCGAGAAACGAGAAGGUCUCCGAAACCUUCCACAAAUCCGGCAAAGCCGCGCUCUGUCCCCCCGACAGCAGCGCGCACAUUUCCGCACACAACGCCGUUAAAUUCACCGACGUAAACGCCAGUCGCGAAGUCGUGCGUCGUCGCUUACACGAGACGCACCAGCAGCACCUCAACCGCAACUACGAGCGUGCCCAGAAACGUGCCCAUAGAAAGGGCCGCGAGCUCCCACCCCGAGAGGAGUAUUACCAUUCUUACUGGGGAUACCCCUAUAUGAUGUACGGCCCAUACCUAUAUCCCAUGUACUUCACACCCGGAUGCUACCCUACCGGUGCCCCCGGCGAGGCUGUUGCUGGACAGGGUGCCCAAGGGGGAUGUGCGGCAGGAGCCUGUGGGCAAGGGGGUGGGGCGUGUGGUGGAAGUGGAGGGUGUGGAGGGUGCGGAGGUGGUGGUGGCUGCGGCUCCUCGGGCGCGGCCUGUGGCGGCCUCGGUGGUAGCUGCGGAGGUGGCGGCGGCGGCUGUGGCGGAGGUGGAGGUGGAGGAGGUUGUGGUGGCGGCGGAGGGGGAUGUUAAACGAGACGCCGAUAUGUCUAUUCUGCCUGAUGUUUGUUUUUUCUAUUCUAGAUUGGAAAAUGAUGUGUUAAGUACCGAGGUAGCUAGUUGGAGUUAGGUGAUGGGUGUUUUGUGUUUCCUAGCUAUGGAUCAUGUUUGAGAUACCUAGGAUAUAUGGAUGGGAUGACUGUGUGAAACAGUGGACUGGGAAAG